CCAGGCGUAGAUCACCCCCCUCAAGGGCGAUUGUCAGCUGGUAAAACUUCACAUCAGGCUCAGCGCCUUGCCUCGCCUCGCUUGCCUCUUUUCGACACGCAAACAACGGGAGCUCUUGUCCGACAAUGGACCCGAUAGAGGUGCUUGACCUACCACAGGUGUGGCAGCAGCCCACGUACGACGCCCUCAUAACCACACUUGAGUCUCUGGAGCUGAGCCCGCCAAUCUGGAAGCACACACGCAGGCGCUCGGAAAUUCUCCAUGAGCAGGAGAGCCUGGCUUCCCAGAGAAAAGGAGAGGUCACGCGCUACUUGUCCUCCAUUAUCAAAAGCCCGCUGGAUUGGCUAGCUGAUGACGAUCAGCGCGAGCUGGUCUGGUCGAAUGCUAGUAAACGGAUGACUGAGCGUUGUGGACGCACGGCGAUGGGCGAGGUGGUGAGGCAAUGGCCGUUCAACGAAAAUGAAGAAGGCUCAUUCAAAUUGGUUAUCCGUGAGCCAGCGUUGACGGGCGAUUCGCUGGGUUUCAAGACCUGGGGUUCAUCCUACGUUCUCGCGCGGCACUUGCCACAGCUCGCAACGUCUUCAUUAUCAAAGUUAUUUGAAGGCGCUUCCAGAGAGCGUGUUUUGGAGCUUGGCUCAGGGACUGGAUUGCUUGGAACUGCCGCUGCAGCAUUCUGGGGCGCUCCUGUUAUUCUCAGUGACCUCCCCAACAUAGUACCAAAUUUACGCGCAAACGCAGAGAGCAACACAUCCGUUGUCACUGGCAGAGGCGGGUCUCUCACUGUUGGUCCUCUCACCUGGGGAGGGUCGGGCCAUGAGGAGGUCGAUCAAGAUCUCUUUGGCGAGCCUGGUCAGUUCAAGAUUGUCCUUGUUGCGGACCCCUUGUACGACGAUGACCACCCCCGACUCCUGGCAUCAGCUGUGGCAACGCAUUUGAGUCUGGAUUCGGAAGCACGUGCCGCGAUCAUGGUGCCUCAGCGCGACGAGACGACGAAACGGUUGGCAGCUACCUUGCGGCAUGAGUUGUCAAAGGUGGAGGGAGGGCCGGUUGCGUGCAUCGAAGAGGAUAUUCUCGCAGGGCAAGACGACUGGGGGAAUGAUGACGAUGGGGGCGCCGUUGAUUGCUGGUUGGGCAUUUUUGCGAGGUCGUCACCGGGAAGCGUGGUAUAGCAUGACGCAUCGAGCUGGGCGCGGAGCAAGCGUGGGCACUUCCGACGGGCAGUGAAGCAUGGCCAGCAUGCCGGGCGGUGAGGAGUGCGCAUGUUCAAAGGACGGGGGAUCAGAUGACCUUGAUGGCCUGCGGGCCGUUCUGCUGCCAGGCAGACAUGUGGGCGGCUCAACAGUCGCCUAUCUUUGAGCAGUCUCGACGACUCAAGAGGCUUCAUCACGUCGAUUCACACACUUUCCCCCAAGAGGCUUUCCCCUCAUCUCUCGCCGUCUACGCCGAUCGACACCAUCAUGU